AUGUGCGCCCUCGUGAAGACCGUGUUGGCGCUCCCGGUCCUGGGCCUUGUCUCGAUCCCACUACUUCUCUCAGCAUGGGUGACCAUUUCCUUCGCCCUGCUCACCCUAUGCGUUCGUCUGGGCAUCGUGUACAUCGAGCUGGUCUUAGCAUUCCUAGUCAAUUUCUUCACGCUCCCAAUAUCAUCUUCAUCCUUUCUGACAUUCGCUCCAUCUGAGCCUCCGACACCAAUCGCAUCAAGAAGGAACUCGGGAUAUGGGCCCAUCCAGUCUCACAGAAGCAAUGACUCUCUUUUAACAUUGGGGCUUACCCACGAUGAGAACUCCAAGCCCAGGCAGAAGAGCUACGCGCGCAGCAUGGUCGAGGCGCAUUUACCCGCGACUCCGUUCAUCGACGAAAGUCGAGACUUCGAAGGUGUCGGUGGCUGGCGCUCGUAUCACGACUCGAAACGGCGCGGAUCUCACACGAAUGAAAAACCACUGAGUUCAACCUCAUCCUCAGCGCCGAGCAUCGCAGGCGAGGUCGACAUCGACGACGAAAUCGACGAUGAACUAGCUUGGCUAUCACUGAAUCAUAGGCUUGAAUUACCUUCUCAAAUCAUCGCUUUAGGAUCCGCCGCAGGAUCAACUGUCCAUAGCCCGAUCCUCAGUCCGCGCAGCGUGAACAAUUUCCACGCAUUCAUGCCUGCGUCUUCGAGGGUUCACCACGCACAGCCUGAACAGAGACACCAUCAUCGCUCACAUACAACGUCAUCAUUGACUACAUCUCACCGUCGAACUGGAGGCGGUCUUUCUCUCGGCCUUUUAUCAAGACGGGAUCAGUCUCGAGAGAGUGGUCAUUCUAUUUCGCCAUCAGCUUCGCGUGCUGCUCCCUUCAUGACUCCACAGCCGUACUCACAAGCGCAGUCACGACCUCUUACCCGACCUGGAAAUGGGGUUCAUGUGAAUGGACACUCGCCUAGAGAUGGCUCGACUGACGGUACCUUUGGAAAUGGCGGUGGAUACUUCGCUAUUUCGCGCCCUGGGUCAUGGUAUAUGCCUUCGCUUUCGGGAAUGGUGAGUCCCAGCACGAGUGGGUAUACGACAUCUGGAACGGGGUUGUCAAGUGAAGAGUCGUUGCAUUUGACUCGCUUGGUGGCGCAUUAUCCUGCAAGCGUCAGACACCGGAGGCGGAGUAUUUCGGGACCUCAUGCGAGAGCAGCUGGGCUUGGAGAACGAGGAUGA